AUGUCUGGCAUCGAUCCCAACGCUCGAAGGGAAGUCAACCACGCGCUCAUUAGCUCUGGGAGCGCCGCCGUCGGACAGAUGGUUGACACCGCCAACUCCUCUGUUGAGAAGCGUCGUAAGAGCAAAGAGGAGCGAGAGAAACGCGAGGCUGAAGAGAAGGCUGCCAAGGAGAAGGCAGACGCCGCUGUUCGUCCUCAAGUCCCAACCCCCCAACCCUCCAAGAAGUUGAAGCCCCAGGAUCUGCUAUCCGUAUCCCCCAAGUGGUCGUCCUUAAUCAUUAAAGCCUUCUCUGAUGUUAUGGACACCAACGCACUUAUCGAUCUUGUCCAUGAGAUGGAGGGCCAGCUUUGGGUGGACAAGGUGAAUGAGACCCACAGAACAAGCCGUCUCUGCCAGUGGGUGUCAACUUUCCAUCCCGACAAGCUUGCCUGUCAACUUGACGGUACCUUUCACCAUGGCGCAUUUAAUGCCGGCAUGAAGAUGGUCUUCAGUGACAGUACUACCUGGAUGGUUCGUUUCCCUCGUGUUGGGAUGGUCUGUGACAACUACACCGACGAGAAGGUUGCAAUGGAGGUGACGGCCCUGAGUCUCAUCCAUAACAAGACUACCAUUCCCGUCCCGAGAGUCCGGGCGUGGGGUCCCGCUGCCAACAACCCACUUGGUCUAGGUCCGUUCAUCAUGAUGGACUUCGUUAACGGUGUGGGCCUUGGCGACCUUCUCCGGGACCCCAACGCCGAGCGCCCUAGUAGAGUCAUGAGGGAGGACAUCAGCGAUAGUGAUAUUGAAGUUAUCUACAGGCAGUUGGCGAAUUUUUUGCUUCAGCUUUUCAAGCUCAAUUUUGACCGGAUCGGCAGCCUGCCGUCGCCACAGGCUGAAGCCGAAAGCCUUACACCGCCACGGCCGCUAACGUUUAAGGCUCAUAGCAUCCUACAAAAUGGAGGAGUCAACACUUUUGGGGACCGAGCCCAGGGGUUUGCGACGACGACCGAGUAUUUUCAAUAUGUUGUCGGGCAGGACUGGGAGCAGCUCGUUCACCAGCCGAACUCGACUGUUGGUUUGUAUGAUGCUAAAAACAAAUAUGUGGCGUUCCAGGUCCUAAAAAGCCUGGCACGUGACUUGGUCAACGUGAAGUAUGACCGUUGCAAGUUUAAGCUAAUUUGCGACGAUCUCGGCUUGGCGAAUCUGAUUGUCCGUAGCAAGGACGACCUUACUGUUGUUGGAGUAGUGGACCUCGAGUGGUCAUACAUCGGGCCCGCCCAGCUGUUUGGCUCGGCACCGUGGUGGCUUCUCCAAGACAGGCCCGUCAACAGCACGUGGGACUGCAAGGGAGACGAGCCGCCCAAGAUUGCCGCCCGGUACUUUAAGUACCUAGAGAUUUUCAUACGUGUCUUGGAGGAAGAAGAGGCAAAAAUGCCAGGACACAACGAGAAAGAGCUCUCCAGCCUUGUCAAGUGGUCGCAAGCCUCUGGGGCCAUGUGGCUGCACAUGCUCCUUUUAUCUGGCUUUAAUGACCAUCGCAGCUUUCCUUUUACGCAGCUACGCUUACAUAUUGGGGCUACUGAGUGGGCGAGGCGUGAAAAGGAAUUUGACAAGGCGAAAGAGUGUGAGGCAUUCGCGGCGCGGAAGGUGAGCGAGUUGGAUAAGUAUGAUAAUGCCUUGGAGAAGAUGGAGGAGAACAAAGCGCUCGUAGACAGCGGGAAUAUGACAAAGAAGGAAUUCAUUGCCAACGCUCUAAUAGAGCCAGGCUGUAUCCCCUGUUCCUCGUCGCUUGUGAAUAAGGAUGAGAUGCCAAAAGACGAGGGGUUGUUCUAUAAGGUGGCUGCUUGGUUCAGCUUGCGAGCUGCAAAGUUGAGAGAGGCCGCAAGGAUGGGAUAA